GUUUCCGUCUGCUCAUUUUCCUCUCUUCAACUGCAAUCGUUUGGCAUAAGAAUUACCCGCAGAAGAUGAUGAGCACGAUGGCAAUGUCACGGCCUGUGUUCCCAUCCUUCACUUUGCUGACGGCUGUGAUUGGAGUUUUGGCGGCUUGUACGUUGCUUGAUGUGCGUGCUGCUACCGGUGACGAGGCCUACGACUACGAGUCGUACAAACAAAGGAAGCAAACUUGCCAAACGGCGUUCCCUGCAUUCGGCUUGUCUCUACCCAUCUGCAGACGCUAUUGUGGAUAUCUCAGCUCUUGUGAUCAUGGAGGAUAUUGCAACCCCGGGGGAGAUUGCCUGUGUCCACCCAGAUACCGUGGUACACAGUGCAAGACAGAUCGCUGUUCUUCAGGAACAUGUUACUGUCCCCGCGGUCUGACAGGAAAAGACUGUACGGAACCUGUGGGAUGCACGCAGGCAUGUUUGAAUGGUGGAACCUGCAUCAGUGAGACUGACCAAUGUCUAUGUCGACCAGGAUGGACAGGAGGAAACUGUGGCCAGAGUGCGUGCGCGAAGCAGUGUGCAAACGGGGGCUCCUGCGUGGGCACUAAUAGCUGCCAAUGCCAAGUCGGCUGGGCAGGUGAUCAAUGCCAGACUAGCCUAUGUACGGCAGGGUACUGCCAGAAUGGCGGUUCCUGUAUAGGUACUCACCUGUGUCGCUGUCGCAAAGGAUUUACAGGGUCACGAUGCGAGAACAAAGCCCAGACCAUGUGUACAUCAACAACAACGGGACGUGUCAGCUCUUGGGUUGCACUCAACUCCUCAAUGGCUUUGUCACCGGCAGCACUUGCUUGUGUGGAAAGAGGAUUCGAUCUGAUGAAUUUCGAAGCAUUCACCAUGGAGAUUCGACCCUGUGUGGAAGACUUACUCAUGCUCAUGCUUAAGUCGCAUAGCUUUGGAAGAAGACUGUCACUGUGGACAUCACACAUUCAUCUACACACGCGCGUCGUUUACCAUCACGACGUCCAUCAGCAUAGAAGUGUGAGUCUUGUACCACCAGAGCAUACACUUUCUCCUCACUUGCGCUACGAUGUGUUGUGCUCCGGGUUCUGGCAGAUCAGCACGGGUCAGGGUUUCUCCAUUGCCAGAUUGCACAAGGCUGCCCGCAACGUCACACCAGAGCACGGUGAGACGGCAUGUCACUCAAUUGGCCAUUAUUUCCCUCACAUGAACAUCCUAAAGAAAAUGCAUCAUGACUUUAAAAAGGAAUUAAACAAUAUUCUUGGUCACACCAUCAGUGGAAUGUCCUGGCUUGGAGCACUGUCCUCGACAUCUCCCAGCCGCACGGUGCAGCUGCUGAAACAUAAAACUACUGAACAGUUGGUGCUAGAUGGUUCUUCCUCCGCCACUUCUUCUAACCACUAUUCCCUGCUUUGUUUUAAGCUGUGCCUGAAUGCGGGAAACUUGAAUCCCGAAUCGGGUCACUGUGAUUGCGGUACUGGCUAUACUGGAAAGCAUUGUGAAGUCACACUACCCCCACCAGUAACCAGCUGCAAGAAUGGGGGUACACUGGAUAGUGGGCAAUGCACGUGUAGGGGUAAAUACAGCGGGCCGCAGUGUCAAUAUGUGAAGUGUGACUGCGGGACAGGAUGCAAGUAUCACAGAACUUUUGAGCGUGGUGGCGGAGGCUCUGUAAGUAUAAGCGAAAAAUGCAAAUGUAUUGAUAACUCGGGCCAGUUCAACCAACCGUGCGAUGUGGAUGAGUGUAAUUUGUCAUGUAGCCCCGGACAGGUGUGCAAGGUCAUGGAAAGUUUCCAAGAUCAUGGCGAGAGUACGUCCACGAGAAAAUGGCAAAAGUGUGUGCAACGUUAGUGCAGUGUCCCACUUGCUGUUGUUUACUUAAUGACAGUACUGACAGACCGCUGUGUGAUGUUACUGCUCAUCAGGGAUAUCAGACGUGUAUCUGGACUCUGGAGCAUCUGAAAGUCGAAACUGACUGCUGGCAUGUUGUCCCUAGUGAUGUGAUGACAAAUUCCACCCUUUAAGAAACUCUCAAAUUCCAGCAGCAACAAGUGAAGAUAAUUCCACUACCUUGUGCAGCCCUGGUCAAUUGCUGUCCAGUUUGUUCUGUAUCGGCCUUUUCUUUCCUUCCAUCCCGUUUGCUCUUGUCAUUCCUUUUCCUUUGUCUUUCAUUGCAAGCUGGGCUUGUGAUUCCUUUAAAACUACUUGUAAGUUAGAAGGAAACAGUGCCAGGUUCUGUCAAGAUUCUGUGAAAUUAAAUGAGU